GGACGCUUUAUGCAGAAUUUUUUACAAAAUGCGAACUGUACUUUUAAUAAAGCAAAACUACUUCUUAUAUAAAAAUAAAAACACACCUUCUGUAAUGUACCAUUUUUUGACAUUUCAACUCAUUACAGGAAGUUGUCUUUUGUUUGAACAGAUCACAUCUGACCCUGCCCCCACCUAUAGAGCAGGGUGUUUUGGUGGUUAGUUUCUUUCUGUACUGAGAAAAUGCAUUAGACGCCAUUAUACUUAUUAUUAACACAACAACAUGAGGAUCGAACGAAUCAACUCCCAUCUUUUAUCUGAGCAACACUGGAUAGUGAUAGUCUUCGUAUCACUUCUUACAGUUGUUUUGACAGAUGAGCAUGUGAUCAACGCUUUUUUGGGUGAUAAAGCUACAAUUAGCUUUAAUGUUACAGGAAGCACGACAAUUAACCAGAUAGAAUUGAACAGGUGUACAGAUCAGAAGAUUUUUGUAUUCAACAAGCUAUAUGGACUACAUAUGCAGGACCAGAACUAUGAUGGCCGUGUUUCUGUCCAACCACCCCACGUUAUUUUGGCGAGAUUACAAGAGAGUGACUUUGGGACGUAUUGCUAUAAACUUACAACUUUCCCUCAAGGAAGUCUGGAGGGGAAAAUUAAGCUAGUGAGAAAGACAAAAAGUGGUGAGGAUCUUUACCAAUAUUCUCCAAACAACACCAGGCAUAGUGUUGAUCCAUCCGGUCCUCCCAUCAUAAUGAUAAUCGGCUUGACUUGUGGCAUAGGUUUAGCUUUAUUAUGUGGAGUCAUCGGUGGAGUUGUUUGCCAUAAGAAGAGAUGUGUGGUGCGCAUUGUACUGGAUCCUAAAAGUCUUCCUGUCCUGCAGAAAGAUCGAGAACGACCCAACGGCACACAGAGAGACGAAGAGGAGGAGCAUAAUGACGGCAAUUACCUGAAUGUUCUUUAAUUUCAUUCAGUACAUCUGUAAUGUACACUACAGCAUUCAGGUGCACAUCAAUUCUAUGCAUGGUCGCACAAACUAUGAUGUGACAUGGAGAAAUGAAAGAAAAGAAAGAAAGAAAGAAAGAAAGAAAGAAAGAAAGAAAGAAAG